UAGGCAAUUCAUUUCGAGCAGCCUUCCACUAAAAGAAGCAGGCGCAAUGAGGUUUCUCCCGAUACUUAUAGUAGCCAUAGCGGUCCUUAUCCCGCUUUCAUGGGCUAGAUAUACUUCGGAUCUAGAAGAUGUUGAAUUUUCACCAACCGACAAGGCUUUAGCUAGGGUUCGUCGGCAAGCUGGUGGAGAUGACGGAGCAGGUGGAGAUGACGGAGCAGGUGGAGAUGACGGAGCAGGUGGAGAUGACGGAGCAGGUGGAGAUGACGGAGCAGGCGGAGAUGACGGUGCAGGCGGAGAUGACGGAGCAGGUGGAGAUGACGGAGCAGGUGGAGAUGACGGAGCAGGUGGAGACGACGGAGCAGGUGGAGAUGACGGAGCAGGUGGAGAUGACGGAGCAGGUGGAGAUGACGGAGCAGGUGGAGACGACGGUGCAGGUGGAGAUGACGGUGCAGGCGGAGAUGACGGAGCAGGUGGGGAUGACGGAGCAGGUGGAAACGACGGAGGAGAUGGAUCAGAUGGAGGAGACGGAGCAGAUGGCGGAGACGGCACAGGGAAUGAUUCCAGCGAUACCGCUGACGAUUCAAGUGAUUCGGGAUCUGAUGAUUCUGCGGGCGACUCAGGAUCUAAUGAUAUGUCUGGCUCUGGCUCCAAUGGUGGCGGUGGUAAUGGGAGAAGGAUAAAAAUCAAAUUUAAGAAUUUACGCUUCAGCAACCUGCGCAUCCAAAAUCUAAGGAGGCAAGGUGGUGGCGGCGGUAAUAGACAAAUGAGACGUCGCCCUGUGCGAAGAAUAGUUCGUCGUCCUGUGAGAAGGAUGGUUCGUCGACCACGUGGACGACGCGUUAUUAUCAGGCCAGUGGCAGCCGGCCCUCGAAGAAGAAUUUUGAUAAGGAAUAUGGGUGCGCGGAAUAUGGGUGUGAGACGGGUAGGUGUGAGGAGAAUCGGUGUAAGGAAUGCGGGUGUCAGACCAGGUCAACGAAUAGUUCGUUUGCGAAGGGGAUGAGCCGAUAUUCUGAAAUAAGAGAAAUAUUGGUGGACAUCGAAAUAUCAUGAUAAUAAAGUUCAGCAU